UUUGAAGGAGGUAAAACAGGUUGGUCACCUUGCUCUGAUUAUGGAGCCGAUCAUUUAAAAAGCAACAACACACACCAAGUUUCUCAUACUCCGGAUUCAUCAGCUGAAUACGGGUCUACCAGCAGAAAUAGCAAAAGCUGACAUGAAGCUGGGUUUGCUAGUGGUGCUGGUUCUGGCAGCACUGCUGCCCAACCUUUCUGAGAGUCGCAUUGUGUCCAAAUGCGAGCUGAAGGAGCUGAUUGCAGAGGCAAUCAACAAGACGAGAGGGCCAGAUGAGGUUACGGAAGAAAUCUUGGCAGAAAUUAUCUGUGAGGUCAACAGGAGAUCUAAUUUGAACACCAGCCUGGUAAAGACGACAGACUUUCGCCAUCCUCUGACUUCAAAUGUCACAUCUGGUAGAAGACACAAGAGAGAAGCCUCUUCCAGAGGGAGGCACCACUCAGAGGAGACAGAUAGUCAUGAGGAAAACAUGAUUCGGGAAAGGAAGACAAAGAAACACCAUGAGCACAACAGCGAUGAAGAUAGCUUUGAGAUCAGUGAGGAAGUUGAAGAGGUCUCAAAUCCAACUGCAGCUCCUGGAAAUCCAACUGCAGCUCCUGGAAAUCCAACUGCAGCUCCUGGAAAUCCAACUGCAGCUCCUGGAAAUUCAACUGCAGCUCCUGGAAACAACAGAAGAAAGCGUGGAGCCCAUGACAAUAGAAAAGACCACUCGGGGGACGGAAGAGGAAAGGGCCAAGAAAAGAAGGGACAUGAUAGCAGCGAAAGUGAGGACAUGAGCAAUGAGGAUAGCUCUGAGAGCUAUGAGACAACUGCAGCCUCUGCCUCUUACGGUAUCUUCCAGCUGAGUGACGGCUAUUUCUGUGAUUCUGGUAACCAUUUGUCCAGAAAUCUCUGUCAGAAGUCCUGCACUGACUUCACCGAUGAUGACAUAACAGAUGACAUUGAGUGUUUCUUGACGGCAUUCUUCGAUGGGUAUCUUCGGAGGUCCGACUCUCACCAAUGUGAAGAUGAAGCAGGAGCAUUCCUCCAAUACUGCUCCUAAGUGUCUAUGAGAGCACAUUUUCUUCCACCAGGUGUACUCCCACUGCGGGUUGUAGAUCGCUGAAUUGAAGCAUUGCUCUCUUUUUUGUUGACUAUCACAGCAAUACCUUUUCAUCAAUUAUUUUCUUAAAGAUAACAAAAAAUGUUUUGUUGGAUUUAGGGCUUACAGUGGAUGUUUGAAAACCUUAUGAUUUAAGUAACUUGUGAUUUAUAGCAGCCCCUUUCUAAUAAAGGUGAAAAAUGAUGUGAGUGUAACUGACUAUCUAUAAACAGUUCAUAUAAUAUCUAUCAUCUAUUUCGUGACUGAUCACGUUUUAGAUAUACCAAUAGGACCUGGUGACGUUUAUCCAAAAUGUAACAUUUAAGGUGUAUAAUAAAAAAUGCUCCAAAAUUGUU